AUAACAAUACAUUUUGCAAUGAUCUGUCCUUUCGGGACAAAGAAGUCUGCUUUUGACAAAGUGUGUAUUUAAAGUAGUGCUAAAUAUAAACCACAUUUUCCGCGUUGAGUAAAAUUCCUAAUAAUCAUACGUUAUUAGCCAAUUUUGCUGGUACCUUCACAUGAUCUUAAACUUUCACUUAUUCAUUAUUUAAAUGCUUUAAAUAAGAAUUUAAGUGCUUGUUCCUGCAGUUUAACGAUGUCUCUAUGAAACAGCUGAAAAAUGUCUGACAAACCUGAAUCCGAACCUCCAUCGUUGAAUGGAAGUUGGGUGUUGAUCAACAAUGUGGAGGAAGCCGAAGAAGCCACUGCUUUAGACAAAAAUAAGGAAAAAUCGGAGAGCAAUGAUUCUGAUGUGGACUCAGAUGGAAUCAGUGUUAUUAGUGAAACACAAAUGCAAGAAUGCAGUACUGAUGAUGAUAAUUCUCUAAAAAAGGAAGAAUCAUUAGAAGAAAGUACAGAAUCAUCCAAAUGGACCUACGCAGAAGAGAUGGUAACAUCGGACCACACGAGACAAUUUUACCUGAACUGCAUGCAAGAACCUGUCCAGGAACUCUCCGAACAAGAGCUGGGAUCCAUAAACUCGGACCUGGAAUCUGACGGCGUAAGUAUCAUCAGCGACACCGACGAUCACACGCGUGAAUUGGACGGCACACUUGAGGUGCAAGAGGUCGUCACCAAAAAAACAACCGAUUGGUUCGAUAUAAGGAAGUAUUUUAGCAAUUUUAUAUUUUUGUCGACCGUGUCUCUAGCGAUUAUAUCCAUUGCUUUGUCGCCGUAUUUUUCCACGUCAACCAUCAAAGAGGAUGACGUGGGUAUCUACGAGCAACCGCUUAAGGAUGUCGAUGUAAAUAGUAAGAAUUAUGACGUUGUAAAUCCCGUUAUUUAUUGCAAAGACAAGCACAAGAAUGACGGGAUUUAUCGGGAGAUUAACAUUAAACGAUGUAAGAAAUGUUUCGAGAAAUCGGAACGUAACAAACAAAAAUCGCAGCUACGUAAAGUGAAGAAAUUGAAGGAUUUAAAUCAGACUGACCAGGCGCACUAUUUGAAAAUGAAAGAGGAGUACUUAAAACGCAAGGAGGAGUUUUUGAUAGAGAAAGAGCAGCAGCUGUAUGAGGCUGAAAUUAAAUUAAAAAGAGAGCAUGGAAAGUAUAAGGAUGAUGUUGAUAAUAUUAAAAAAAAUAGUAUUAAAAAGGUUCAAGGGGUGAAGAAAGACAAAAAGCAAAAAGAUAGAGACAAUUAUAAAUAUUUAAACACACAAAAAGAAAACUUAAAGAAAGAAAAUAAAAAUAAAGAGAACAAGGAGAAGAAACUCAAAGAAAACGGAGAAAAGAAAUCUCACAAGCAUUACAUAAUUGGUGAUCAUGAAUAUUAUAAAGUUGAAAAGGUCUCCAAGCACUGGAAAAAGGAAAACAACGACAAGGAUUCCUCAGAAACAAAAUCUAAGGAAAAGAUACUCAAAGAAAAGAAAAAGCAUUUCAAAUACGUUAAUGAAGAAUUCUUAGAAAAAGAAAGAGCACAUUCAGAACCUAAACAGCCUAAACAUUCAGACAAAAAGCCCUCAGAUAAAGAAAAUCGAUACAAAACACACAGGGAAUAUAAAAAUCAAUCAAAAUACAUUGACAAGAAGAAAGAUUUAAAAAACAAAACAUUUGAUAAACCAUUGAAGAGCGAAUUCAAAACGAUACCAGGAUAUUGGUAUUCAGAAUUGGGCAAAGGACGAUUUGUUCGCAGAAAACAGGAGCACCAAAGCGACUGGGUUUUCGACAGGUCGCGACAGAGAAAAGAGAAACGCAAGAGCUUACCCCAAUCAAGCAUUUCUUUUUUGUAACUACUAAACUACUGUGAUUUGGAUUAUUUAUUUUUAUAUGAGAUUGCAUAUAUAGAUAUUUUUGAACUUGUGAUUGAAUUUUAUGUGUUAAACUUAAUAAAGUAGUUAAAUCAA